AUGUUUGAACAGAUUUCUGAAGUGAUUGAUACAGGUUUUUUGGAAGAUUUACCUGAUGAGUGUAAAGCAUGUAUCAAAUCAAUUUUUUAUCAUGUUAACCAAAGAGAAAUUAAAGAAAUUUGGGGUAUUUCGGUUCAAAAUACCCAAAAAUUCAAACAUUUUAUCCUUUUAAUGAACAAUUCGGCCCAUUUAUGUUCAUGUUUAGCAACAGUUACAAGGGUAAUUGUUUGCCGACAUUAUUUUAGUCUUAUGAUGCAUACACAUACAGCAAUGUUUCACAUUCAACUUAUUAGACCACGUUGGUAUAAAAAUCUAGACUUGGAUGGAAAACAUGAACCUUUCGUAUUUGCAGCUAAAUUUCAGGACACUGAAUUGUUAAAGCAACCAGAAAUAAAUCAAGAAAUUUUUUAUCUAACGGCUUUAGUACAAAACAAUGUUAAUAAAUGGGAGCAGAUAAGUAAAUCUACUUUAGAUGAAAAACUUUUCUUUGGAAAAGUGAUGGGAAUGGCUAAAAAAGUUAUUCUUAAGGCGGUCAAAAAAAAGGAUGAGUGA